UUGUCUGGCUACUUGACAGUCUUGCCACUAUCAGCUGUCAGGAAUAGCUCCUUGCUUUUUUUUCAUUUCAUGUGAUUAGUAAUAAACCUGACACAGACUGCUGCUCUUUGCCAAGUAUUUUGCUGACUGAAAGGUCAGUCCAACUGUGAUAUGACAAUGGAUAAGAAAUUGGGACAAGGAAUGUAACUAGGGAACAAACCCGAAAAGGAUUAUGUAUUUCACCAUUUUUGUUGUCCUCUUUAAUAGUUUCCACAAAGGAAAGUAGUAGAUGCAUUUUUAAUUCGUUGGAAGCCAAGGUUUGAAGAAUUUGGUUUUCUCUAAAAGACGGAACAGUGAGCUGAAUUGGCAGUCCUAGAAUUAAAUUAAAUGUUAACAAGACUUGCAUUUAUAUAAAGAGACACACAAGGAACUGCAGAUGUGAGUUUAGAGGGAAAAAAACAUAGUGCUGAAUUAUUCCAGCACUUUUUAUUUGCAAUUAUGUAACAUAUUUAAUGAAAUAACAAUUCCCAAAACUAAGUAGUACCAUCACCCAAAAAAAAGGAAUAUGGAUAGAUGAGAUAAGAUACUUUAUUGUCAUAUGUACCAUGAAGGCACAGUGACAGUCUCUCUGUUUUUCCAUGUACAGUACACAAACAAGUCGUCACAAGGCGCAGACAAAGUUACAAAGUAUCUUUAAUAUGGUUGGUCCUCCUUUGUCCCUACCACCACCACCACCACCACCAAAGGUCCCUCUUGUUCUCGGCGGCCACCACACGCUGGGUUCCCCCUUUGUUCUUUGACCUCGGCCCCCAGGUACUCUGCAGGUCAGGUCAGGCACCUCAUGUAAUGACUGUCCUUUAGUGAGUGAUCUCGGGUGGAGAUCAACCAGGACCUUGACAACCUCUCUACAGAAGAAGUCAGAAAAGCUAUCAAACAACUUUCUUGUGGCCAAGUUCCAGGACCAGAUUCAAUCCCUGCUGAAGUGUACAAAGCAGGCCCAGUCAUGUUGCCUAAGCUGACUGAGCUUUUCCAGUCCAUGUGGAAUGAAGGGAAGGUCCCACAACAGCUGAAAGAUGCCAGCACAAUCCACAUCUACAAGAGGAAAGGCAACCGCCAAUCUUGUGACAGGGAAGAUCCUGGCUCAGUUUCUGCUCAACCGACUUCUCCAACACCUCGAGCAGGGUCUCCUCCGAGAAAGCCAAUGUGGCUUCCGUGCAGAGUGUGGAACUGUAGACAUGAUAUUUGCUGCACGUCAGAUCUUGGAAAAAUGCCAAGAGCAGCUCAGUGACCUCUUUGUGACCUUUGUUGACCGUACCAAGGCCUUCGAUAUGGUCAGCAGAGAUGGCUUGUGGAAGAUAAUGGAGAAGUUUGGCUGUCACUAUUGUCCACGAUGGCGUGAUGAUGAAAGUAUUAGAUGAUGGAGAUGAGUCGGAAGCCUUCCUAGUGACAAACGGCGUGAAGCAAGGCUGCGUUCUUGCCCCUACACUCUUUAGCAUGGUCUUCUCCGCCAUGCUGACUGAUGCGUUCUGUGACUAUGGGGAUGGUAGUCAUAGAAGUCAAGUACAAGACUGACAGUGGGUUAUUCAACCUCGGGCGCCUACAGGCUGUUACAAAGGUGAAGGAGACCGUCAUCAGCGACUACGCAUUCGCUGAUGAUUGCGCCCCCAACGCCAGCACAGAGCAGAAGAUGCAGCACAAAAUGGGCUGCCUCUCACGAGCCUGCGACAACUUAGGUCUCACCAUCAGCAGUAAAAAGACUGACGUUAUGUACCAGCCUGCACCUGCAAUGCCCUACCAAGAGCCACACAUCACAGUAAAGAGGCAGGAGCUACUGGCAGUCGAUAAUUUCACCUAUCUCGGCAGCACACUCUCACGAGCAUUAAACAUAGAUGCAGAGCUCAACAACAGGAUCUCCAAGACCAGCGCUGCCUUGGCAGACUUCGUGAAAAUGUUUGGGAGAGGACUCGGCGUUCCCACCAAGAUGAAGGUCCACCGUGAGAAGGUAGUUCUCACUACCUUCCUCUAUGCCUGUGAGACCUGGACUGUCUACAGCAGACACGCCAAGCAGCUCAACCACUUUCACUUACGCUGUCUCCGCAGACUCCUCCACAUUACGUGGCAGGACAAAAUCCCGGACACGGAAGACCUGCAAUGGGCCGGCAUCCCCAGCGUCUACACCCUCCUUCAGAAAGCCCAAGCCAGAUGGGCUGCCAUGUCAUCCGAAUGCCAGACUGUCGGCUGCCAAAACAGCUGUUGUACGGAGAACUGUGUCGGGGCAAGUGCUCAGUUGGGGGGCAGAAGAAACGCCUCAAAGUGUCCCUCACAGACCUUAACAUCAAUCUGAAUACUUGGGAGCCGCUUGCUCUGGACCGCCCAACUUGGCGAAACAAGAUCACCACAGGAGCGCGUGCAGCUGAGAAGAAACGCACUGCAGAAGCUCAGAGGAAACGCGCCACGCGCAAGGCUCGAGUCACAUCAGCUUCUUCUGCAGCGCCCACCCAACUGUGUCCCAUAUGCGGGUGAGCCUUCUGGGCCCGGAUCAGUCUCACCAGUCACCUCCACACCCACAAACAAAAACACUGAAGUCAUGGUCUUCUUCGACUACGAAGGACGAACAACAAAACAAGAACAUGCGAUUACAAUUUACCAAAACCUCUCUUUGGAACUGGGCAUGUUGCAAGCAAGUAAUGUUGUAUCUUUAAAUGAUUGUCUUGCAAGAACAACAUUUUUCUUGUUUGUUUUGAAAUGUAAGUGGGUUUAACAUGAUAUUUUCCAGACACUCUCCUCUCCCACGAGGCAAGAGGGACAGAAGUGUGAAAUCAUACAUCUCCAGAUUCACGGGCAGAUUCUUCCCAACUAUUAUCAGGCAACUGAACCAUCCCUGUACCAACUAGAGUGGUCCUGACCUCCCAUCUACCUUACUGGACUUUAUCUUGCACUAAAUAUUAUUCCUUUUAUCCUAUAUCUGUACACUUGACGGUUUGAUUGUGAUGAUGUAUAGUCUUUCCGCUGAUUGGCUAGCAUGCAACAAAAAAGCUUUUCACUGUACCUCAGUACACUUGACAGUAAACUAAAUUACAGCAAGGAAACAACAUUUGGCCCAACUAGUCCAUGCCAACCAAGGUGCCCCAUCUAACUAGUGCUAUUUGCCUGUGUUUGGCGUAUUUCCCUCUAAACCUGUCCUAUCCACGUAGAUGCUGGAUUACAGGAUACAAACCAAUUAAAAUUAUAAAGUAGAUUUGCAUUUUUAGACAUGUGGACGAUUGAUUGCAUGACCGAGUUUUUUUGCUUUCCUCCUAGGAGGUAAUAUCAAACUCUCUGGCAUCUAGUAUCUUUCUGAAAUAGCCAACAUUCCUGUCAUGUUUUACCAAGUUAUUGACCAUGUACGGAGUUCUUCAGCCAUGCCAGUCCUCGACUGACAAUGCUACAUACAAACCUGCAGAACCGGAUUUGUGUUAAGAAUAUUAUUUGUCUCACCCCGCCCAGGUACUCAGGCUUGUUGUGGCAUCUCCAUCCGCCACUGGCAAUUGUCUUCAGCUGCCUGCGGCCUGAGCCUAAGCUCCUCCUUAAAUGACUGCUUCUCUCCAUGUAUUUAAGAUAUUCCCAAAAAAUCCGUCAUUUGAGAUGCUUUUAGUUACAUGACUAAUUUCUCCUCUGGUAG